GCAGAUGCACUUUCACAAAAGUUGAUUGAAAAGAAUAAGCAGUUGGAUUUUUACCGGAACAAAAACUUUUUGCUCGUGGGAACCUUUUAUCUGGGUCCCUGUCUAUCGGUAUGGUAUAGGUUCAUUGCCAACUUCUUUACUGGACAUCCCACCAUGAAGUUGGUUAAACUGGUAUGUGCGGAC